ACCAGAAAAAAAAGCUCAGCUGCCUUUUGCUGCAAGUUAUCAAGUAAAAAUCAACGCAUUCAAAAUCCAUAUGUGAAAGCCCCAAAGACUGGAAGCUUGGAGAAAAGUUGCAGAGAGAGAGAGAGAGAGAGAGGUUCGCCCUUCAGUGGAGUCUUAUAACAUUCCACACUCAUCGUAUAUUAAUUAUUUCAAUACAAGCAGUGGAGUUCAGCAUCGACGCAACCUCUUGAACUGUGGAAUUUCGCUUCGUCCUGAAUUUGCAGCGUAAGCUUUCAGCUUAAGUCUUCGUGAAUUCCGACUAAAAUGGCUAGAACCAAUCAAGAAGCAAUCGAGACUUUCAUGAGCAUCACCGGCGCCUCCGAGGCAGUCGCGUUGCAGAAGCUUGAAGAACAUGGUGGUGAUCUCAAUGAAGCAAUCAAUGCACAUUUCAAUGAAGGGGAUAGAAAUACCACACGCCAAGCAUCUGCACCUGCUCAUCAAAAUGAUUUCAUGGACAUAGAUGAUCCUCAUGAAGUUGAACAAGAGGGACCUUCUCCGCUUUUAUCUGCUUUUAGACAUUUGAGCCAGUUGAAUAGAAGCCUUUUUGAGGGAGGGGAUAAUUUUCCCAGCCAUGCACCCUUUGUUUCUCAUCCAAAAGAGGUCAGGGAGAUUCCCAUAGAGGUCAAGGAUGGGAGUAACCAGGCUGGUUAUUCUGGAUCUGGGCCUACCAUUGAGGAUGUCACUGGAACUGCUCAUGCUCAUGGCCCAGAAAUUCGUGGCAAUGUCAUAAUUGAUGAUGAAGAGAAUGAAGAUAUUCCUACUGCUCUUCCUGACCAUAUUGCAGGUCAGAAUGAAAGACAACAUAACUUUUCAGCUGGCAGUCUUCAUCAGAGUGAUUACAGACCGAGUGCUCCUGCGGUAGACAGUAUGACUGACAAUAAUGAUAUAGAAGAAGAAAUGUUACAAGCUGCCAUUGAAGCUUCUAAGCGGGAGAUUCAAGAGCGCUACUCCAAUCAACAAAGUUCUCCCAAUGACUCAUCUGGUCCUGGUAUUGAGCCAAGACAGUCUCACCUGGCAGAUGCUGACUUUGAACGUGCAGUUUCAUUGUCGUUGAAGACAGCGGAGCAAGAGAAAGCAUUGCGCGAGCAAGAAGGGCUGGCCGUAGCAGCACAGCAACCAAGUAUUUUUGGACCAGCUGAUGUGGAAGAGUUGGGACCAGUAACAAUGGCAAAUGGAAGGCAAGGGUUUGGUUCCUUUAACAGGGGAACCUCUGGCCAAUUUAAUCUGGAGGCAGGAAGCUCAUCUCUCCAAGAUGAGGCUGAGGAUGUGGAAGAACUGCCAUUGGUGAGGCACAGAUCAAGACGGGUCUCAUCAGGAUAUGUGGAUUCUGCAACAGAGGUUCAAGAAAUUGCUGAUAGUCCACCUUCAAGUCCAGGACUGCAACAUGUUGGUUCUCAUCCACAACGUAAUGGAAACACUUUCCACUCAGAUGAGUGGGGAGGUAUAUCUUCAGAGGAACAUGAUGAAGCAGUUAUGCUUGAGGCUGCACUUUUUGGUGGAAUUCCUGAGGGAACUGCUUAUCAUUUUUCUAGAGAUAUGGGUCCUUACCCUCGGCGUGUACCCCGUCCUCCAUCCCCCACUUUGGCAGCACAGCGUUUACUACGAGAACAACAGGAUGAUGAAUAUCUUGCAUCACUACAAGCAGAUAGAGAAAAAGAAUUGAAGGCCAUGCAGGAAGCUGAAGCUCGCCGUUUAGCAGAACAAGCUGCCAGAGAAGCAGCCCUUGAAGAAGAAAAACGUAAGGAGGAAGAAUGUAGGAGGAAAUUGCUGGAAGAAGAGGAAUUUGAGAGACUUAUAGCUGCCAAAGAAGCUUCUCUUCCUCAAGAACCUCCUUCAGAUGAUGAGAAUGCUGUGACUCUUCUUGUCCGGAUGCCAGAUGGAAGUCGUCGUGGUCGUCGUUUUCUGAAGUCUGACAACCUGCAGUUGCUUUUUGAUUUCAUUGAUGUGGGUAGAGUGGUUAAGCCUGGCACGUACAGACUGGUGAGACCAUACCCUCGGCGUGCUUUCAGCAAUGGGGAGAGCAGUCUGUCUCUGAGUGAACUAGGUCUAACCAGCAAACAAGAGGCCUUAUUCCUAGAGUUGAUUUAGCAAUCUCAUCGUUUAGUGAAAAUUGUAGCAACAUAAUUGGAAAAUCUCGUUUAAUUGUCAAAAAUAUACAUGGUGUGGGAAUCAGUUUCAACUUGUAGGUUUAUUUCCUUUCCCCACCUUUCUCUUCCUCAAGAAUAGCAUAGAAUUGGCAGAAAAUCAAGGGGAGCUUCUUUACCUAAAAAUGAGAGAAGGUUGAACUUGAAGCAGCCUCUCGGCUAUACCUCCCAUGCAACGCAGCUUUCUGGAUUCAUAGGCAAAUGAAUCUUCAUUGUUUUUUUAAUUGGGGCCUGAUUGUUUGAUUGAUGAAUUUAUUAGAUAUGUUGAAUUUAUUUAA